CUGUGAUAGUGUAAUUACGGAAAAAGUGGUGAAAGAUGAGGACGGUACUUUACCUGGUGAUUGUCCUUGUAGCGGUCGUCAGAUCGGACGACCUAAAAUGCUAUGUUUGCGAUGACUGUGAAACAGAUUAUAAAGACAUGAUAGAAAUAUGUAGUGCACCAAGCAACGGUGGUGAAACGGGAGGCAAUGGAAAUGGUGGCACGGAAGAGGGUGGCAGUAGCGGUGGUGGAAGUGGUGAGACAGGUGGCAAUGGAAAUGGUGGCACAGAAGAAGGUGGCAGUAGCAGUGGUGGAAGUGGUGAAACAGGAGGCAAUGGAAAUGGUGGCACGGAAGAGGGUGGCGGUAGCAGUGGUGGAAGUGGUGAAACAGGAGGCAAUGGAAAUGGUGGCACGGAAGAGGGUGGCAGUAGCGGUGGUGGUAGCGGUGAAACAGGAGGCAAUGGAAAUGGUGGCACGGAAGAGGGUGGCGGUAGCAGUGGUGGAAAUGGUGAAACAGGAGGCAAUGGAAAUGGUGGCACGGAAGAAGGUGGCAGUAGCAGUGGUGGUAGCGGUGAAACAGGAGGCAAUGGAAAUGGUGGCACGGAAGAGGGUGGCGGUAGCAGUGGUGGAAGUGGUGAAACAGGAGGCAAUGGAAAUGGUGGCACGGAAGAGGGUGGCAGUAGCGGUGGUGGUAGCGGUGAAACAGGAGGCAAUGGAAAUGGGGGCACGGAAGAGGGUGGCGGUAGCAGUGGUGGAAAUGGUGAAACAGGAGGCAAUGGAAAUGGUGGCACGGAAGAAGGUGGCAGUAGCAGUGGUGGAAGUGGUGAAACAGGAGGCAAUGGAAAUGGUGGCACGGAAGAAGGUGGUGGUAGCAGUGGUGGAGGUGGUGAAACAGGAGGCAAUGGAAAUGGGGGCACGGAAGAAGGUGGCAGUAGCAGUGGGGGAAAUGGUGAAACAGGAGGCAAUGGAAAUGGUGGCACGGAAGAGGGUGGCAGUAGCGGUGGUGGAAGUGGUGAGACAGAUGGCAAUGGAAAUGGUGGCACGGAAGAAGGUGGCAGUAGCAGUGGUGGAAGUGGUGAAACAGGAGGCAAUGGAAAUGGUGGCACGGAAGAAGGUGGCGGUAGCAGUGGUGGAAAUGGUGAAACAGGUGGCAAUGGAAAUGGUGGUACGGAAGAGGGUGGCAGUAGCGGUGGUGAAAGUGGUGAGACAGUUGGCAAUGGAAAUGGUGGCACGGAAGAAGGUGGCAGUAGCAGUGGUGGAAAUGGUGAAACGGGAGGAAGCGAAAAUGGUGAAACCGGGGGUAGUGAGAGUGGUGAAACAGGAGGUAAUGGAAGUGGCAAUAGCCCAGGAGAUGGUGGCAGUAACGCUGCUGGAAGUGGUGGCACAGGAGGUAGUGGAAGUGGCGGUAGCACAGAAGAAAGUAGCAGUGGAGGCGCUGGAAGUAGUGGAACUGGCAGUAGUGGAAGCACAAGUACAGGAGACAAUGGCAGUAGCAGCGCUGCAAGCAGUGGAACAGAAGGAAGUGAAAGUAGCAGUACGGGUGGUAGUGAUGAUGCAACAGGAACCAAUGGCAGUGGUGGCAGUGGAUACGGUACUAGCAGCAGUGUUAAUACAGGAAAUAGUGGCAGUGGUAAUCCGGGAGGUAGUAGUAGCGGCAACGCUGGAAGUGAAAGCUCGGGAGAGAGCAGUGUUAGCAACACUGGCAGUGCAACAGGAGAUAAUGCAAGUAACACCAAUGAUGGUAAUGCUAUUCACAACAAUGGGGACGCUGUAAGUGGAAACAACAAAAAUAGUAUUGCUAAUAAUGAAAAUAUUGGAAAUGUUAACGACAAUACAACAGAUAAUGCUGCAAAAACUGAUCCCAAAACUAUUGAAAGCAAUGAUAGUGAGAACAACAAACAGUACUCAGUUCAGAUGGUGGGUGACAACAAUGCUUACAGUUCUGCGUCAAGAGGUGGACUUCUGAGGGUAGUCAGAGAAGUGAAAAGUGCUGCGAUUACCGGAACUCGAUGUGUCAGAACAUCUUAUGAGGAAAAUGGAAAACUCAAAGUAAAACGUGGCUGCUCUUUUGAAGGGGAUGCAGAAACGAGAUGCAAGCAACUUUUGGGCGCUAAUUCUACUGUAGAUCCUAAAUCCUGUAAAAUUUGCGAUGGCGCACUUUGCAAUUCUGCUGUAACUGUAACUGGCGCGUUUUUACCAUUUAUUGUCAGUUUUAUCCUAAACUUUUAUUAUGUUAGUUAAUUUAUAAGUUUGGUUAAACAUUGGUGAAUAAUUUUUUUCAAGUCAUUAGAAAAUGCGAUCUGAGUUUUUGUCACAAAGAUCACAAUAUAAGAAAUCAUCGAGAAAAAAAGACGCAUUUUAGUUAUAACCAUAACUUCUUUCGUCAUUAAACAUUUGCUAAUUAAUAUUUUAU